AUGUCCGACCUCGACUCGCUUGUUGACGAACAAGAACACGCUGAGGAGGCGCACGUUAAGCUCCGCACCCAGUCUACCGACGACGGCGAUCGCUCCCUCCUCCAGAAUGAAGACCGUCGCAAAGACAACCUCAAGGAUCGCUUUAUCGGCGCCAUCGACACGGGCACCACCAGCACCCGUUUCAUUAUCUUUGACUGCACCGGUGUGCCCAUCUGCAAAUACCAGACUGAAUUUCGUCAGAUCCACGAGCAUUCAGGAUGGCACGAACAAGACCCCUUCGAACUGGUCGAUUCCGUCUAUACCUGUAUUGAAGAGGCGAUGAAGGAAUUCCUCGCCCUCGGUCACGCCGCGACCGAUAUCGAGGCCAUUGGCAUCACCAGUCAACGAGAAACCACCAUCUGCUGGGAUUGGGAGACGGGUGAGCCCCUGCACAAUGCCAUUGCCUGGCCCGACACUCGGACCACCGGUCUCGUGCGCGAACUCAAAGAACAGCCUGGUUCCGAGGAGCUGUCCAAUAUCUGCGGUCUGCCCCUGUCCACAUACCCCUCCUCGGUCACCUUGGUCUGGAUGCUCCGCAAUCUUCCCGAAGUCAAAAAGGCCUACGACGAAGGCCGACUUGCCUUUGGAACCCCUGACGCCUGGCUGUUAUAUAACCUGAACGGCGGCCCGGAGGGUGGCCGCCUGGUCACGGACGUCACGAAUGCGUCCCGAACCAUGUUUAUGAGUCUCGAAACCUUGGAUUAUGAUGAUCGCCUAUUAAACUUCUUCGGAAUUGACCGAAACAAGAUCAGACUCCCCAAGAUUCUUCCGUCAUCCGACCCCGAGGGGUACGGGUGCGUCCGAUUCGGGCCGCUGGACGGUAUCCCGAUCACCAGCUGUCUCGGCGAUCAGUCGUCCGCCCUCGUCGGUCACUGCGCCUUCACUCCUGGAACGGCGAAGAACACGUACGGCACCGGUUGUUUCCUUCUCUACAAUGUGGGCGAGAAACCCGUCAUCUCCAAGCACGGGUUGCUGGCGACCGUUGGUUUCCAGCUCGGUAAAAACCGGAAACCCGUUUAUGCGCUGGAGGGUAGCGUGGCGGUGGCCGGAAGUGGUGUCUCUUUCCUCAUGAACAAUAUGGGUUUCUUCCGUGAUUCGCGCAAGGUCAGCGAGGUCGCCGCCACCGUUCCCGACAGCGGAGGUUGUGUCUUCGUCACCGCGUUCAGUGGUCUCUUCGCGCCGUACUGGAUUGAUGAUGCGAAGGGAACAAUCUUUGGUAUUACGCAACACACUCAGCGUGGACACAUCGCCCGAGCAACAAUGGAAGCCGCCUGUUUCCAAACCAAGGCCAUCUUGGAUGCCAUGGAGAUGGACAGUGGACAUAAAUUGUCGGAAUUGGCCGUGGAUGGAGGCAUGAGCAAUUCCGACAUCUGUAUGCAGACCCAAGCAGAUAUUAUCCAAAUCCCCGUCGAACGACCCGCGAUGCACGAGACCACCGCCCUGGGCGCCGCCAUCGCCGCCGGGUUCGCCAUCGACGUGUGGAAAGAGUUCAGCGAACUCAAGGACAUGAACCGCGCGAACCGCACCACGUUCAAGCCCAACAUCUCCCCCGCCCAGAGCCGCAAGCUGUACAACCGGUGGUCGAAGGCGGUGCAGAUGUCCCGAGGGUGGGUUGACACGAAUGACGAGGAUGAAGAGUGA